GUUAUAUUUAACUAUUACUCUCUCUUGUUAAUGUUAAUGUAAACAAUUUACUUGUGCUAUGGAGGGAGUCCCGCGUCCCAUGUCCCACGUCCCACGAUCUACCUGCACUGCGUCUGAAUUGUCUCGACUGUCUGGAGUACUCCGAUAACCGCGGCGAGUUAGGUUAGGGUGCCCGGCGAUUAGGCAAGUAAAGUAUUCGGCAGGUGACGAUGGCCUCUUCGCGUGUGGAAGAGCUAAUUAACUAUUUUAAGUCGCACAACAAAAUCCGGGAGCAGCAGAGCCACUCGGCGAAGGUGCACAGCGUGGGAUGGAGCUGCGACGGCAAAUACCUGGCCUCGGGCUCCUUCGACAAGUCCGUUUGCAUAUUCUCGCUAUGCCCGGAUCGCUUGAAGCAGGAGACGACUUUUAGAGGACACGGCGGCAGCGUGGACCAGUUGUGCUGGCACGCCUUCUCUCCAGAAUUAUUAUCCACGGCGAGUGGCGACAAGACGGUACGCAUCUGGGAUACGAGGACGCAGAAAUGCACGGCGAACAUCAGCACCAGAGGGGAGAACAUCAACAUAUCGUGGUCGCCGGACGGUAACACGAUUGCCGUGGGAAACAAGGAAGACCUGGUGACGUUCAUCGACGCCCGGGUGAUGAAAAUACGCGCGGAGGAGCAGUUCAACUUCGAGGUGAACGAGAUCUCGUGGAACAAGGACUCGGACACGUUUUACCUGACCAACGGCCAGGGCUGCGUGCACAUACUCAGCUAUCCGGAGCUGGAGCUGUUGCACGUGAUCAAGGCGCAUCCCGGCACGUGCAUCUGCAUCGAGUUUGACCCGACCGGCCAGUAUUUCGCUAUCGGAUCCGCGGACGCGCUGGUCUCCCUGUGGGACGCCGACGAGUUGUGUUGCCUGAGGACAUUCUCGCGACUGGAGUGGCCGGUCAGGACCAUCUCCUUCUCGUAUGACGGGCAGCUCCUAGCAGCGGCCUCCGAGGACUUGGUCAUAGACAUCGGUGAGGUGCAGACCGGCGAGAAGAUCGCCGAUGUCCCGGUAGAGGCAGCGACAUUCACUGUCGCGUGGCACCCGAAACAGUAUCUCUUAGCUUACGCGUGUGACGAUAAGGACUCGUACGACCGGAAACGCGAUGCCGGUAGCUUAAAGGUAUACGGUUUCGCGAAUGAUUGAAUGACUUUUUGUACCUUUUUGU